CACCUUAAGUUAAAAACCUCUACCUAACCUAAACUAAAAACCACCUGUCAAAAGCAAACAAAAAUAAACAUUGAUAUAAACCAGUAUAAACUAAAUCUGUUUAUUAAAUUUGAAUUAACUAUUCAAGUAUAAUGACUAAACACAAUCGUUGGUGUUUAUUACAAUGUUUCACUAAAGAUGCUGAAUUUUAUAUAGUGAGAAAAAACAGUUUACUAGUGACCGAUGAAGCAGAAAUAAAAAUCGGGGCAAAAAUUCAGUUUCCGUAUCCUGAAGACAAAACAAAUUCAAAAAUUAAAAUUGGAAAAAUCAUUAUGGAAUCGGAAUCGCAGAAAAUAGUACAGAAUGAAAUGAAAAAGAUGAAAAUAGAAAUGGAAGAGAACGGAAUCACGAUAGAAGAUAUAAUGAAAGAAGAAAAGGAACAGUAUGAAGAAAAACGACAAGAAUAUCGCUCAAGAGCAAGACAAGAUAAUAUUGAUAUGGCAAAAUUGCUACUACAAGAGUUAGACGAAAGAACUAAACGUGAAGCUAAUUUACAGAAUAGUAUUGUUGAAGCGUUAAAUUUAACAGAAGAAACGAAUGCUUCAGUUUUGAACAUUGAAAGUUUAUUUUACGAUUUAAACAAAAUUUAAACAAAAUGUGGUUUAAAAAAAAAAAUUUCGGCGUUUCUUAUUUUCUUAUUUUUGAAUGUCACAUAAUGUAAGUUCAAAUAUGAAAAUUAAACAAAAUCUGUAUACUUAGUUUAUUUGUUGAAACAGGAGAUACAUUUGUAUCUCCUGUACAUAUGUAUCCAUUUCAUAAUAAAUAAUUAAAUGAAACAAAAAAUAAAAUGACCUGAGAAAUUGAAUUUCAC